UCCUCUACUGAACCCUCCCCGAGGGUGCUGGCUGGGUAGGAUCUGCAUUACCUCAUUGUCAACGGAUGGUAGAUCUCUACUAUCCGCCGACGUUUCAGGUACUGCCGAUCCUAGCUGAGGGCUCUACUCCUUAUAUUUCGGGCACUUGUCUGUCUGAAGAUAAGAAGCAGAAUCCAUGGUACGAGGUGUCUGGCGGCCAGACUGAAAACGCUAUGGGGGGCUCCCAAGAACAAAAUUAGCCAAAAAAUUGUCGCAGAAUGGACACAUCAAAACAUUCAACUCGGGCUGGGAUGUCAGCCCAAACGUCGGUGGAAGGCGUGACUGCUACCAUCGGCGGGCACGGGGGGGAGAGAUCCUCUCUGCGUGUCGCCAGCGGUCACACCUCUGAUGCGGUGGGUGCAGGCCAAUUCAGUUGCAAUAAUACUGCCACAAACAAACAACAAGCAAACAACAACUCGAGAUUGAUUCACGCGGGUUCGGUUGUCCGAACCGACUCGGACCAAGAGAGCGCAGUGUCAAUCUCUACGGUGGAGGGAGAACAUCUUCAGUCGCCGCGGCCUAUCACCAGUAGCUCCAAGGCUGCGCUGAAGGAGAAGGCUAAAAAGAAGGCGGCGAUCCGCAUUCACGCAAAGCUCAGUGGCGUAGCAAACUUGUCCGCCCAGGACAAGGAGAGGCUUGCCUGGGCCAAUUCGUGGAUGCGAGAUAACCAACUUAGCUUCCUUUCAAAUGACAGUAAGGUUGAGAACGGUUCUACCGGCCCUGUCAACAAAAAGGUGGAGUCCACGGCAAGCAAGCGCCAACAGUCUGCUGAGAGCUCCAAGCAAGGGGCUCCAGUGAGCAAAAGGCUGCGAGCAUCUGGCUCCACUAACCAAACGGACAGCAACAAACAGCGACAGAGAGCAACGGUUGCUGAAACCGCCGGGCGGCAACUCACCGUUGCCCUCAUUGACAGAGGGAACGGGAAAAUAUCUGCAGAGCGGUGGCGGUUGACCCAUGGCAAGCUGGUCGAGGCACUCUUUGUCAGUAUGGAGAUUGCCCCAGACAGUCCAAUGCCUACUUUUGAAGGCAGUGGCUGGAUGAAUGGUGUCAAGAUCCUGAAAUGCAAGGACGAGGCAACGUUGCUAUGGCUGAAAGCGACCGUCCCCAAGCUGGACGGACUAUGGGAGGGGGCCCAGCUGGACGUGGUGGACAGGAAUAAUAUUCCGUCCAUGCCGAAGGCAAAGGUCCUGUUCCCUAUAGCCGUGCAGGGCGAGCGGGCGCUUCAGUUGCUUAAAAAGCAGAACCCGGCCAUUCCAACGAGUGAUUGGUCCGUGCUCAAGGUUGAUAAACCUUUACCCAGUGGUGAGCAGCACGUGAUCAUGCAGAUCAAUAAGGAGGCCGAGGAUCUGUUAUACAAGCGCAACGGGAAGAUGGCGUGGGGCUUAGGGAGCGUGUACCUUCGACUCAAAAAACGCCAUCCGACUGACAAGGACACACACACGUUGAGGUCAGGGGAGGUAGAGGCAGAUCUCGGUCUAGAGAGCAUGACCGACGCCACCCUGCACUUGGACGAGACGGAGAAGGUGGGGGGAGGAACUGUCCAUGCCGACGGGGCCCCCCACGAGUUCGCAACCCUCUAAUGAGUGUGUUGCAGCUCAACCUCAAUAAAUUGAAAACGGCUUCGGCGGAGCUCCUCCUCGCAUUAAAGGAUGGGUCCGCCUACGCGGCUUUGGUUUAGAAACCGUAGAUAGCGUCGGGAAACACGGUCGCAGGACUAAAGUCGCCAAACUACAAUCUAUACGACCCGACAUUGCACUGACGAUCUAACCGUGGUGGUGCUGAAGAGCUGUGAUGGAUGUUUGCUGCUAGCAUCCUGCUAUAUGGCCCACGACGAACUUACUCCACCAGAAGAGCUUUUGAAUCGC